UGGGCACUGGUGGGUGGCACUGAUGGGCACAGGUAGGUGGCACUUCUGGGCACAGGUGGUGAUACUGCUGGGUGGCACAGGUGGGUGCAUUGCUGGGCAACAGGUGGGCGCACUGGUGGGCACAGGUGGGCGCACUGCUGGGCACAAGUGGGUGCAUUGCUGGGCACAGGUGGGUGGAACUUGUGUGUGGCACUGCUGGGCACUGAUCAUCAGGGCACUGGUGAUCAGUGACCCUGAUGAUCGGUGCCAAUCCCCGCUCUGACAACUGCCGGUUUUCGGCAGUACUUUCCUCAUGAUCUGACAGCAUGAGGAAAGUGCAGCCGAGAACCGACAUUUGCGU